AUGACUAAUGGUGUCCUUGUUUCUGAUUUAUUUAGGACUCUACGUUCAAGCUUUAAGAGACCAUUCUUGUGGAUCUCUUUUUUCUUAGCGUUGGUGAAUGCCAGCCUCGAGGAUGUGGGACCAGAUUACGAGGCUAUGGAAGCCUUGAGCGCGUCUCUGAAACUUCCUGAUGAUAUUGACUGGGGUAGCUCGGACUACUGUACUUGGACAGAGUUGGAUUGUGACAAGAACGGUCGCGUCACAAGCAUACGACUCUGUGACAGAGGAAUUUCAGGCAGUCUACCUCCAGAGCUAAAGAAUCUCUCAGCUUUGCGAGUAUUCGAGAUAAAGGGCAAUCAGAUUGCCGGUAUCAUUCCUAAAGGUUUUACAGAGCUGCAGUCUCUGCGUAGGGUUUCUCUGUCAAGUAAUUUGCUUCAGGGACCGACACCAAAGUUUAGAUCUAUGGUUGAUGUUGAUAUGAGACGAGGGACAAAUAGAUUCUGCGUAGAUUCUCCGGGUUCUGGAUGUGAUCCCAUAGUUGAUGCUCUCCUAUCUAUUGCUGGAGGAUUUAAUUAUCCGUUGGAGUUUGCAAAGAGUUGGAAAGGGAACAACCCAUGUCAUCAAUGGUUUGGGAUAAGUUGUGAGAAGGGUCGAAUCCUAGCUAUCAUCAUGCCAUCCAGACAGCUCACUGGUACAAUAUCUCCAAGGUUAGGAGAUCUCACGUCUGUUUUGGUGAUUGACCUCUCGCAUAACUAUCUAACUGGUAUGAUUCCUGUUGAGCUCACCAAAUUGAAGAAACUCAGAAUCCUCGACCUUUCCCAUAAUCAACUUCACGGGAAGGUGCCACAUUUCAGAAGAACAGGCAUUUUAGAGAUUCAGGGGAAUCCAGAGCUUGAGACAAACAUCAUUCAUGAUCAUUUACGGAGAAGAAAAACAAAAAUCAUUGUGGGAGGAGUUAUUGGGAGUUUGGCUGUCGUGUUGCUGGUUGUUGCAGGAUACAUUGUUUAUCUGAUUUAUAUAAGGAAGAAGGAUCUUGUUCAGUCUUCUGACCACAAUGAGAUCGAGAUCGUCGAGCACAACGAGAUCGAGAUCGUCGAGCACAACGAGAUCGAGAUCGUCGAGCACAACGAGAUCGAGAUCGUCGAGCACAACGAGUUUGUCGAGAACAAAGUGAUCCCGAUACAGACUCUCAGGGAUGCAACAAACAACUUUAGAGUUGAUCAUUUACUCGGAGAAGGCGGGUUUGGAUCGGUAUAUAGAGGUACACUGCAAGAUGGAAGAGAUAUUGCAGUUAAAAAGAUGAACACCUCGGGUACUGCCAGUAAAGGCAUCAGCGAAUUCAAGUCUGAGGUCACUUUUCUAACCAGGGUUCAUCACCGAAACUUGGUCACUCUUUAUGGGUAUUCCAUUGAAGGAAACGAGAGACUAUUAGUCUAUCAGUACAUGCCCCAAGGUACGUUGAGUAAACAUCUCUUUCAUUGGAGUGACCACGGUUUGAGUCCAUUAGAAUGGACCACACGACUUAAUGUUGCCUUGGAUGUGGCUCGAGGAGUUGAGUAUCUCCAUACGCUGGAUCUUCAGAGCCAAAACUACAUCCAUAGAGACCUGAAACCGUCAAACAUUCUUCUCGGGGAUGAUUUGCGAGCCAAAGUAUCGGACUUUGGAUUAGUGGUUUCUACAACAGAAGGCAGGGAAUCAGUCAGGACCAAAUGCGUUGGGACACCCGGUUACAUCGCACCGGAAUAUCGGAACGAAGGAUGGCUUACAAGAAAGAUCGAUGUUUACAGCUUCGGAGUCAUCCUCAUGGAGCUCAUAACCGGCAAGAAAGCUCUAGACCAUAGCCUAUCUCAAGACGAUAUCCACAUAACAACAUGGUUCAGGAAGAUGCUUCGUGAAGAAGACACUUUCCUGAAAGCUAUUGACGGAGAAAUUAUCGCCAAUCAGGAGACUCAACGGACCAUAUACGAAGUUGCAAAACUAGCAAGACAAUGCUGCACGAGUACACCUGAGCAGAGACCAGAUAUGUCUCAGGUCGUCAGCUUCCUUUCCUCGCUGAUUGAGCGGUGGGAACCCGGCAGCGAUAUCCAAGAUUUCGGUGAAAAUACAAUUUCUACUGAUUUGAUAUCAGAAUGGGAGAUGCUUAUGAUGGGAAGCACCAGUGCAGUGUGA